AUGGCUAUUAGGGUGUGCUGGAUUGGGCAUCGAGUCUCGCGAAGUCUAAAGAUCGUGGGGGAUUCCAGGACGGACACCUCGAGUCCAUGUUCGUUGAUGCCCGAAAUACCCAAGAACUGUGUGGCGAGGCAACCCAGGCCUGGACUUGACACAAUUGAGGGAUGGGGUGGUGUUCAUCCCAUCAUUGUUGUGACUGCCCGAGAUUGGGCUCGGAUGAGAGGUCGGCCACUACACGUCUGGGGAUUGCGGAUGUGGAGGUACAGAAACGGCUUUAGGUCCAAUGACGGCAAGGACUGGGGAGGCUGUGUUUCUGGAUUUCAAAGAAUCGUCGUACACGGAAUGGACAGCGGGAUGAGGAAUUUUACCAGCCGCCUGACGACAAUCCACUUUCCUGACUCGUUAGCCAUGGCGAGGAUGGGCCCGAUAGAGGUUCAUGUUCACCAGAGGCGAGUAUCGAAUUGUACUGGUUGGUGGCAUCCAAGCAAGCAACUUGGCAGACAGUCACUUGAGAGACCAAGCCGACUAUGUGCUUGUGCGAAUGAGAAGGGGGACGGCGGGCGGGCUCUUGGGGGAUGGAGAGAGAGCAAAAGUGGGUUGAGAAUUGCGAUUGGUACAAUGCUGUGGGAUGGUGGGGUCUUUUUCCUGAGCCAGUCGCCGCGAGGCAGGGCGACCGCCUCACUUUGGCACCAAGGACGCAGCACGAAUCGCAGUUCAUGCCUGAUCCACAAGGCAACAAGGCAACCAGAUUUGACAACUCAUCAGAUGCCCCACUCGACGGUCAGUAUCCCUGAGCGGGGUCGCGCUGGUCCACUCUGA